AUGGCGACCAUGAGAAACAUGGCAAAUAAUAGAAAGCAAAGUGAUGAUCAUGGUCGCGUCCACUUAGCGACUAUAUCUGGUCACCAUAAUCAGACUCAGCAUGAUAUUGCACAUCGUCAUGAAACGUGUGAUGUACAACAGUUUAGAAAAGAACAUCCAUUUCUAUCGGCACUCUUUCGUAAAGAUGGUGUUCUGUUUGAAUGUGAUAGUCAAGCACCUUCACCAUCGAAAGAUUACGGUCAGUUGCAAAUUACAAUGGACAAGGUUAUUCUUCGUUGGUGGAAAAUAACGCUUCGAAAUAUUGAAGGUGCCAUGUAUCCAGGAGAAAUCAAAGAUUCGUACGAAGAUUUCUAUCAUGACGAAGUCGCUCAACGAGAAAUAUCACGCAUAUUUGGUCAAGAUACACUUGACUACUGUUUGAACCUUAUUCGCGGCAGAUUUGAUUGGUUAUCUUUACUUCCCGCAAAAGUUCUUAUACAUAUCUUCUCAGAAGUCAAUCUCGAUGACAUUCCACAAUUGUCAUUAGUCUCGAAGUCCAUGAGAGAACUUUGCCGAAAUAAUGAUCUGUGGAGAAUAUUCUAUGUCCGUCACUACGGACGACAUGCAUUGGAAAACAAAGAUCUGAUCCAUUUAACUGAGAGACGUGGUUGGCGUCAUGUGUUUUUUACUAAUCGUUUGAAAUUACAGAUGCAACUGCGUCGCGAAGCUCAACUAGAACGCCAUCAUCCUGAAGAUCCGUCCGAUAUGGUCAAAGCACAAGAACGUCGCUUGCGACUACAACCAAGUCCACCGGUCACACCAAGACUUUCACAAAAUCGUUUUGCUCAACCUUCCAUACGUCGGCAUUCGUUUGCAACACGCAAAGAGUCAUCAGCUUUGUCGCCUCGUACAUUGCAGUUACAUGACCAAGAAGAACAUCGUCGUUCAGCUCGAGCUUCUAUUGACGAACGCAGUGAACUAUACACUGCGCAACGGCCAGCAUCACCGUCUUCGUCGGUAAAAUCAAAUGCUGGUAGUGUUGCAUCGGCAUCGUCUGCCUACCCACCUAUGCAAACAACUCAUCGGCCAACUACACGUCAAUGA